AUGGCAGCACUAGCAUCGACUAGUUUUGAAUUCAAUAUGGUAGUCACUGAAGUAACCGAAGAUAAUACUUCGGAUAUUAGUGAAGAGAUUGAUGAAUUAGCAGGAGAUCUUGAACCUACUACGGGAGUUGAUACUAUGAAGAAUGACAUACCAAAUAAUGAUAAGUUAAUUCCUUAUAAUGAUGAUAAUAGCACGAAUAACGAAACGGAAAAAAAAGGGAGAGAAGAUGAUAUUUACGAAAUCGAAAAAAUAGUUGAUCAUCGAACAUUUGCGGAAAAAAAGGAAAGUGAAUAUUGGAAUAAUAAAGAAAUCGAAGCAAAAGAAAAAAUAAAGUCAUUAGCAGAUAGACAUAAUAUUAAUACUAAGAAAUUGAAAAGACAAAAGUCCAAUAGAAUUAAAAAAAGUCAAGAUAAACAUACCAGACAAAAGAAAAGUGGUCAUAUGAAUGAUCUUAUAUCUUCAACUACUCCAUUACGAUCUUCCGAAGUUACAGAAGUUGAAAAAGAUGAAGCAAGUGAUAAUUUUGAUGAUGGAUUAUUUGAAAAAGAAGAUAUAUUUAAAGAAGAAGAAGAAUAUGAUGAUGAUGAUUAUGAUAACUUUACGCCUGCCGCUAUAGCUGGAAGUUGGGAACCUUUUGUUACAGACGUUGCUACUAUCCAACAAGAUCCAUAUACGGGAACAUUAAUAGUUUUUCUGAAUUGGAAGAAUGGACACCGUACAUCACACACUAAUAAAGUAACUAAUGUUAAAUGUCCACAAAAAAUGUUAGAAUUUUAUCAACGGCACGUACAAUUCGUUCAUCAACAGCAUUAG